CUCUCCCAUGGUUUCUGAUGGCCUUGAAGCCUCAGUGGGCCUUGCGAAAGGCCUUAGCCCCAUGACUUUGCUAGAAACAUAAUCUGGAGGAAGCCCAGCAGCAGCAAGGGCAAGCUAGCUUCCCUUACGUCACUCCCUACCCUUUCAGAAAGCCUAUAGCUUCGGGCCUCAGGCUACACGCUGGUUUGUUGACCCGGAAGCAAUUCACGAAGUGGGUGGUGUUACUAUACCAGUUCCGGUGCAUCUGCAUCGCAGUUGCGUUCAUUCGUCGCUUGCCAGUCGUCUCUUUCGGACUUGGGCAUCUGGAGGUGGCAUAGCUGUUCCAGGGCACCAUGGCUGAAGAGGAAUCAGAUAGCAAGGAGAGGCAGAGUGAAGAAAUCGAAGCAAUGGCAGCCAUUUAUGGCGAGGAGUGGUGUGUCAUUGAUGAGCAAGCCAAAAUAUUUUGUAUUAGAGUUACUGACUUCAUGGAUGACCCCAAAUGGACUCUUUGUUUACAGGUGAUAUUACCAAGUGAGUACCCCGGUACAGCCCCGCCUGUUUAUCAGUUGAAUGCUCCUUGGCUGAAAGGGCAAGAGCGUGCAGAGUUGUCAAACAGCCUUGAGGAUAUCUACGUACAGAACAUUGGUGAAUGUAUUCUUUACCAGUGGGUGGAGAAAAUAAGAGAGGCUCUGAUACAGAAAUCUCAGGUAGCAGAGCCAGGCCCAGAUGUCAAGAAGAAAACUGAAGAGGAAGAGGUUGAGUCCGAAGAGGAACCUGUUCUGGUACAUCCGCCGGAAACUCCAGUUAGCACAGUAGACCUCAAAAUCAGCGAAAGCACAUCAUCAGAAACAGAAGAAUUGCCCCCAGUUGCUCAUGGCGUUCCUAUUACAGACCGAAGGAGCACUUUCCAGGCACACGUGGCCCCGGUUGUCUGUCCUGAGCAGGUGAAAAUGGUUCUUGGCAAGUUGUAUGAGAAUAAGAAGAUUGCCAGUGCUACCCACAACAUCUAUGCCUACAGGAUAUUCUGUGAGGAUAAGCAGACCUUCUUGCAGGACUGUGAAGAUGAUGGAGAAACAGCUGCCGGGGGCCGCCUUCUUCACCUCAUGGAGAUUUUGAAUGUGAAGAAUGUCAUGGUGGUAGUGUCCCGCUGGUAUGGAGGGGUUCUGUUGGGACCUGAUCGUUUCAAACACAUCAACAACUGUGCCAGGAACAUCCUGGUGGAGAAGAACUUCACCAACACCCCUGACGAGCCAACUAAGAAUUUGGGAAAGAAGAAAGUGAAAAAAGACAAGAAGAAGAAUGAGCACUAAUAUGUGAACCUGUGUGAAAGGUUAAUGUUCCAGCCACUGCGUGCAGGUUCCCAGUGGUCAUGGAAUCCAUUAAGAUAGCACACUGACAGCUCGUCAGCCAGUUCAUCAUGGUCACACCAGCAUCGUGUUUCCUUCUCUGGUUCCACCAUCUGCCAGAACUAGAGUCUAGAGCAUACCCACAUGUGUUUCACAUUUCUUUGGGAGAACUGCUGUGAGCUUAUUUGCCAUUUCAUAUAAUGCUAGGAAGUGACAUGCGCACAGUGUGGUUCCUGAGCUAAAUGUCCAUUUCAGUAUUGUCAUGUGCCUUUGUUAGGUGGGAAGACGUGUCUCCAGAGGACUAGAAAUGCCACCUUUCUUGUGAUAGAAAUUGCCAUGCUGUCAAAUGAGCAUCGCUUUUACUGCUCCCAAGAGCUUGGGGGCGCAUUGCAGACGGAGGUCUUGGGGAGUCUUUGUCUUGUGAUUUCACAAGAUAGCCACACUUCCUUUCAUAGUAUUCAUCCUGGAGUAAUAGUUUCUGUGGAAACCCAGGAGCAUUCAUCUGUGAUCAUGUGCCAAAGUGAUAGUUUACAUACUUGCUAGUCCAAGUGUUACUCCUUGGUUUUGUUGCAAAUUGGUGAUCGUGAAAUUUCAAAAAGUUAUUAUUUUUUAGUGGCUGCCUUUUGUUGUUUGAUUCCUGUAGUGACGCAGUGAGCAUUCAGGCUCAGUAGUCCUUCUGUCCCUUAAGUGUGCCGAGGUAACAUUCCGGUGUCCCUGAAUGACCUGGAAGCACUUCCUUGUGUUCUUCCCUGUGCUCUGGUCAAUCACUUGCAGAACAAGAUGGAGGCAGCAGGACAUGGGAGCGGACUGGCAGCACCAGUUAGAUACACAUUUGCCAUUUGAACUCUGGCCAGAUUUCUUUUAAUUCUGUGACUUUUUUUUUUGAGAGAUAGAGGGAUAAAUCUUUUGACUAGAUAAAAAACUCUUUCCCUACAAAUUUUUGUCUAAUCUCCCUUUUUAACAAGUGUUUUUUAUUUAAUUUUUUUUACCUGCAUAUUACUUGUAUUAAGACAGAAAAAUUACCCUUUGUAGGUAAGCUGUACCCUGUUAGUUUUUAGAAAUAAUGCCAACAAUUACCAAAUUGAUAAAGUGAUCACAGACUCGUUUGACUCCCCUCCCAAGGAAGGGUCAGGUGUUAGGAGAUAGCUUUGGGAGAAUGCUGGCGCAUAGAAAGCCUCCCAAGCUGGGAGAUGUUUUUCUCUUAAUUUUUAAGCUUGAAAGAUCCACAUCCUCACUUGGUAUUUUAAAUAGGAAUCCAGUAGCCAGUUUUACACUAGAGUGGGUUCUGAGACAGAAGUCUUAUUUUCAACAUGAUUUAAUGUUGUAAAUUAUCAAGAAUUAUAGGAUGACCUAUAUGUGUGUAUUUGGAACACUUACCUCUGUUUCCAUGAAAUGCUAAGUAUAUCCUAUGUAUUAAUUGUUACAGAACUUAGACAGUAUUUGCUAAAGAUAAUGAUAUAAUCUUGACAUUUCAGACCUGUGAAAAGUGAUUAAAAACACUAAGAAUUUUAUGCUGCAGAAAAAAGGAGUUAAUUUUCCUAGCACACUGGAUUAGAAUUUCUUUCCUGGUGUUUUGUCUAAAGUGUAUUAGCGUUUACAGAAAAAGACAAUUUUUUAUAUCUCUGAUCUCAUUUUCCUUCACUUAAAAAUGUACUUUUCCCUCAUUUUACAAGAUUACUAACCACAUUUUAUGGGUUGAGAUCCUUAACCUUCUUCACUGCAGGUGGGAGGGGAGAUUCCAAAUUCUUCAGUUCUAACUCCUGAAAUUACGUAUUUCACAUACCAUCAAUGCAAAAUAAUGAUAACAUAUUUUUCUCUAUUAAAGUAGAGAAAAUCAUGUAGAGAAUUUUCUAGUUCUCCAAAUUAUAACUUUCUAAAGCCAGGCAUCUGCUGUGGCAUUCUCUAUAUUAUAUUAGUUGAAAUGUUCUCCAUAUGCCAGUAUAUACGAGCAAAUAGCGUGUACUUAGAUGGGCAAAGCAGAAGCUGCUUAGGGAGGAGUCUGGAUCAGAGACAGGCCGUCAGAGCACUAAUGACAGGACAAAUGAAGCAGAUACUGUUUACAGGGCAGGUGAGUGAUACUGUAAUCACUUCAGUGAAUUGUAAUCACAUCCAGUCCACUUAAGAGAUGACCAUAAAUGGUGUAUACAGUUUUUAUUUUUUAUUAUGCAUGAUUUUGUAUAUAUGGCUAUUUUUCUUUCCGUAAAAAUGGUAUUAAAGCGUAUAUACUGUUUUGUAUCCUACAUAUUUCAUAUAGAAGUAUAUUGUUAACAUUUUCCCACAUCAAUAAAUAUUCUUCUAUGGCUUAA